AUGCCCUCCUUCGGCCGUCUAACCAAACACACGAACAGAUCGCAGCAUCAUCUGGUCAAUGAGCAGCAGCAGCAGCAGCAAUUGCAGCUGGAACAGCAGCUCCAGCAGCAGCAGGCCCAGCAGCAGCACCAGGCGCAGACGGCGGGCAGCGCUGGAGGUGCAGCACCGCCCCCUUCGUCGCAAGCUGCUUCUUCUCCCUCGUCGUCUGCUGCAGCCUCUGCCUCUCAACAAGCCCAGGCUGGUCGUCGUGUCUCUGCCGCCACCGGUGACUCUAAUAAGACUCCCCCUUCAGCGUCGUCCGGACCACCACCGGGCCAAAACCCAGGCGACUCCUUUCAUCGUACGCAAUCACAGCAAUCACAGCAGCAGCAGCCCCCACUGCCGCAACAACAACAACAACAACAACAACAACAACAACAACAACAAACUCAACACAAUAAAGACAACAACACCAUCGGCUCGCUGCAACCACCGCAACAGCAACAUCAGCAACAGCAUCAACACCAGCGCCUGCCGCAGCACACUUCGAAUAACCAAUCGGGUCAGCAGAAUUCGGACGCUUUUGGCACUGCUAAUAACCUCACCAUCUCGCCCAACCUGAGCAACCUGAACCCCGCUGCGCGGACCCAGAGCCAGAGCUCGAUACCCCUCAGCCAAGCCCAAGCCCAAGCCAACACUGCUGCUGCUUCUUCACCGGCUUCUACCUACACCGCACGACAAGGGCCUCACGACAACUUCGCCGAAUUGGUCUCGCGCUCCCAGUCGUCGCGCUACUCGCAGCAGAUUCCUCCUCUGCAGACCCAGCCUCCCUACGGCGUCGCCUCCAACUCGGAGGACGACCUGUCCCAGACCGCACUCGUGGCCUCGCCGAUUGUCCCCCCGGGUCCACCAAAUACCCAAACGGCCCCCACCGAAUCAAAGCGGUCGACCCGCAAGCUGCUCAAGAACAUCCUCUCCGGCUCGAGCAGCAGGCCGCCUUCCGACCAUUACGCCCAAGAAGCCGCCCACGACGGUCCUCCUGGCCUUGUUCGCCGCCCUUCGAAGCGAGGUAACACGCCAUCCUCGAGAGGCGUGCCUUUGUUGUCGCGAUCCAUAGACCACCCUGACUGGGUUCCGCCUCCAAGCUCUAGCUCACGGCACCACCAGCAACACCCGUCGCAAAGUCACCCGUCACCAAGUCGAGGCCUAGGCGAAAUCGCAAACGACCCCUACCUUGCCGCGGCUCAGUCUAACCCAGGACUACUUCUACAUAACUCUCAAGAAACGCUGCAGAACACCAUCAGGCACAUCCCUCCCGAGGCCGCCAACUCUCCCUACAAUCACGGAGACCUUGCCUACCACCAACAGCAGGCAAUCGCCCACCACCAGGCCCAGCUGCUACAGGCCCAGCACCAAGCUCAGGCCCAAGCACACACCCAAGGGGGACAGCCACAGCUGUACGGACAGAUUCUCCUCGAUCCUGCUCAUAACCAGUAUCAAUACGCACACCCGCACGAGCAAUACCAGGCCGAUAGUCGACCGUCCCUAUACGCUGGUCAUCUCAGUACUGAGAGCUCACAACCGCCCAAUCCCGAGACCAUCUCGCAGCUGUCGCAUGAAUCGCCCACCAGUGAUUCAGAGCAAACACCCGCCCACUCACAAUCUGCACAGGACUCCCCCGCAACCAGCCAAGCGCCGCAAGAAUCCCAAUCUCCCCUGAACCAGCAACAGGUUUCACCGCAGCCACCAGCAGCUCAAGUCGAGAAUAUGGCCCCGCCCGGAGGACCUGGUCAGAACCGCAGAUCUGGAGACAAUGACAAGUCGAUGCGAUCUGUCGAGCCCCCUCCCGGACCCCCGCCUGGUUAUAGACACAGUCAAGGACCAAUGCCAUCGCUAAACCCUCUGCCGCCGACCCCUGGUGUUUCUGGUGCCCCGCCCAACUUCCGUGCUAGCGGUAUCGGAGAUAGACAGCAGUUCGACGGGGCCGGCGCGGACGACCGCGGUCGAAACAGUCCUCAACCGUCCACCGGAGACCGUGAUGCGGAUCCAGAAAAGCAGUUCAAGGAUCUAUGUAAGAAUUACCUGGAAUCCACCGCUGACAAAAUGCUUACCUGGGGCCCAGUAACGAAAUACAAGAAUGUGAAGAGACUCUACUUUGACGGCAAGACACAGAUUGAGCAGCUUGGCUCCCAAGUGGAAACGCUACAGAACGCUGUGGCCAAGCAGCGCAUGUCGCAAUCGCGGACUGCGCUCGACGACAGUGAGUACGCGACACGAUUCAACCGGCUGAACGGUGCCAUCAACAACUUGUCAUUCAACAUACGGAAAGACUGGCGAUCACUGCCAGGUUGGAUUGAAAAGUAUGUCAGUCCGGACGCGCUCAAGACUGGCAAGCAAGAAAUGACUGCUGUCGGCCGGGCUAUCAUCGUUCGGUGGAUUGUGGACGAGAUCUUCAACAAGUGCUUCCACCCGAGUCUCGACGUCGACCUGAGUUGUCACCUGAAAGAAAUCGAGCACAACAUCCGCCGAUUCUCGUACACCAUGAAUAGCCAAGAAGAGUUCGAAGCGCUCACAACAAAGGUGGUCCAAUGGCGGAUGGCGACGUUGGAGGGUCUUCAACACAUGUUGAACUCGCCCGAGAGUGCCGAGUAUCGGACGGACUUUACUAAAAUGACUACCAGUAAUCUGACGGCAACGCUCUUCCAAUACUUGUCGGAUCCACCGCCGGCGGGCGUGGACGGCAGUGCGUCAAUGAUUGUGGAACUGGCCGUGGGAAUCGCAGCCAACCUGCCUCUGGAGAGUCGUGAUGUUGCUUUGACGUAUCCCAUGCCAGGCGACCCGAUACGACCGGACAUUAUGGAGCCUGAGAAGUCGGGACUGCCCCCGCUACCCGAGCCAGCGGACGACGCCGAGGAGCCCACAAAGGACGGCGACAAGGCCAGCAAACGAGACAAGACAAAAAGUGGUAUGUUGAACAUGCUUGGCGGCACAGCGCAUCCGGCGAGCAGAAAGAACAGUACGGCCUCCAAUCUUACUGACACGGCGACACCACCAGCAGCAGCCUCAGCUCCACCGCCCAAAGAUCCGUCCAGAAUCCGCUGGGACGCCCUGUACGCCCACGAGCUCACGAACCACGCGCACGACCCCUCGGACACGGGCACGGUCUGGUUCGACGACUCGGACGCCGAGGCGCGCAUCAUCGACUUCCUGUCCGAUUUAUGUUCGGACCGGCAGUCCGAAUUUGGCAUUGACGAAGCCACGACAUCCUUCCUCGACCUCGGCACGGGCAACGGCUCGCUGCUCUUCGGGCUGCGCGACGCAGGGUGGCAAGGCCGCAUGCUGGGUGUUGAUUACAGCGCUACGAGCGUGGACUUUGCGCGGCGGAUCGCGGAGGAGCGGCGGCGGCAGGCGCACGGGGGAGAGGACAAUGGUAAUAGGCUGGCAUGGGGAGAGGAAGGAACAGCAGAAGACACAGACACAGGAAAGAAAGGAGGAGAGACAGAUACGAAAACAGGACAAGACGUAACCGAAGACCAAGAAACCCCCCAGCCCACCUUCGCCGAACACGACAUCCUCCACACCCCACCCACCGCCCUGACAACAGCCCCCGGCCCACCACUACCACCACCCGGCGCCUGGGACGUGGUCCUUGACAAGGGCACCUUCGACGCCAUCUCGCUGUCGUCCGAGACGGACGCCGCGACGGGCCGGCGCGCCGGCGAGGGCUACCGCGACCGCAUCCUGCCGCUCGUGCGCGAGGGCGGCCUGUUCCUCGUCACGAGCUGCAACUGGACCGAAGACGAGCUGCGGAGUUGGUUCGUCGUUGGAGAUGGCAAUGACAACAAUAACGACAACAAUAACGGUUCUUCUGAGAGCAGGCUGGAUGGCCAGGAACAGGACCAGGGGAAUGGGGAUGGGGAGGAUAUGUGGGGGUUCGAGGUCGUGGGUAGGGUCGAGUACCGCAGCUUCAGCUUCGGAGGGAUGAAGGGCCAGACGAUUAGCAGUCUAUGUUUCAGGAAGGUGGGGAUAGCUGGAAAUGGUCGUGGUAGCUGA